AUGAGCACAGCGAUUGCAAUGGCUCCCUCUCCAGCCCCCCACGACAGAACGUCGUUCUCUUCUGAUCUCGCUCCCGCGUCUUCUGCUCAGCACGCAGCUUCUUCGCCCGCUCAGCAAAGAACUCUCGCCCCCACUGGAACCCCUAAUGCGACGGCACAUCGCUCAGGCAGCGGCAGCCCCAGAGGCGCCGCGCAAAUCCCCAAGUCAUCUCCUCCCAGCACUGCGCGACACGCCAAUGGCGCCCCCAAGAUUAUCGUGAAGAAGGAGCCCAACUCCCCAGACCUGCCAACCACCCGACACAGGCCCCGCAAACUGGAUCUGUCCAACAAGGGCGCUCAUCCAGGCUCCAACACUCCCGGAACCGCCAGACCUAUGACUGCCCGGGAGAAUCUGGGUAUCCAGGAGGUCGGCCUCGCCUGUCUCUCGCCUGGAUUUGUCACGCAAGACCCUAUCAUGAAGGAGCAGCUCCAGCGCAGCAUGAGCGUAAGGGAUCAGCAACGCAUGAUCAUCGAGCAGAGAAUGCAGCAGCAGUCGGCCAAGGGUGACGGUCCAGACACCUCCGGCAAGGACCCCGUGUCGCAAUUUGCGGCCAAGACCCCUGGAAUGUCUCGCAGAAACAAAGCUCAGCUUUCUAUUCUGCCGCCCUCGGCCGAGUCCUUCGCCAACGAGCGCGUCAUCCAGUCUGCCCCUUUGGGACACUCCUUCACAGGUCGUCAACACCCCGCACCUCUGACCCGUCACAUCGCGAACCAACCGAAUACUCUGUCCAACACCUCCCACAUUCACCACGUUCCCGCCAACCAGACCAACAACCGCCUGCCCCCCAUCAGUGACGUCUUCGGCCAGGUCUCCGGUCAUCCCGAGAACGCCCCCAACUCGCUUUACCCUCAAAGCAGCUCGCGACCCCCUAUGGCAUCGCCCGGCCACCCCCCCCAGAUGCAACACGGCCCCCCGACUUCCGGGCGUGCGCGGGAGUACAAGUCUGCCGAGGAGGCGCAGCAAGAGAUUGCAGGAGGUCGCCCCGAGCUGCUCCCUAAGAUUGUGCACUACGGAAACGCUCACCAGCCUCCUACGCCGCCCUCUCCCGCCCCGGGAAGCAGGCUGGCCGAUCCCAGUCGAAGCGCCAGCCGGCGCCGCACGCGUGCCGAGUAUGAGGAUGGCAGCCCACCCUUGGGUCAUGGCCCGGCCCCGCAGAGGAGAGGUCCGUUCGGUGCUGGCCGGGAUAGCCCCGAGAGCCAGAGAGCAAAACGCGAGGAGUUCAUCAAGCUCUGCGAGAGGGCUUGGGAUCUGUUUCACUCCUAG